AUGGACAUGGGUUUGAGUGGACGCCCGGAGUUGGUUGAGCUCGCCGGGAGGACUGGCGAGCUGCGUGCAUUUCCUGGAGACGGCGGGAGCGCUUUCGCCAUAGCGGCCAGGCCGAUCUCCGAGCAAAACCAGGAUGCCACUGUGUACGUGCGCGGCCUCGAUGAGAAUGUUAGCGAACCACUGCUGUGGGAAUUAUUUCUCCAGGCAGAGCCAGUAGUGAACACGCACAGGCCAAAAGAUAGAGUCACUGGUCAGCACCAAGGCUAUGGCUUUGUGGAAUUCUUGAGUGAGGAAGAUGCUGACUAUGCCAUUAAGAUCAUGAACAUGAUCAAACUCUAUGGGAAGCCAAUACGGGUGAACAAGGCAUCAGCUCACAACAAAAACCUGGAUGUGGGGGCCAACAUUUUUAUUGGGAACCUGGACCCAGAGAUUGAUGCGAAGUUGCUUUAUGAUACUUUUAGCACCUUUGGGGUUAUCUUACAAACCCCCAAGAUUAUGCGGGACCCUGACACAGGCAACUCCAAAGGUUAUGCCUUUAUUAAUUUUGCUUCAUUUGAUGCUUCGGAUGCAGCAAUUGAGGCCAUGAAUGGGCAAUACCUCUGUAACUGCCCAAUCACUGUGUCCUACGCAUUCAAGAAGGAUUCCAAGGGUGAGCACCAUGGCUUAGCCACUGAAAGACUUCUGGCAGCACAGAACCCACUCUCCCAGGCUGACUGCCCUCAUCAGCUGUUUGCAGAUGCACUCCCUCCACCAUCUGCUCCCAAUCCUGUGUUAUCAUCAUUGGGAUCUGGGCUUCCUCCACCAGGCAUGCCUCAUCCUGGCUCCUUCCCACCUCCAGUACCGCCUCCUGGAGCCCUUUCCCCUGGGAUACCCCCAGCCAUGCCACCACCACCUAUGCCUCCUGGGGCUGGAGGACAUGGCCCCCCAUCAGCGGGAACCCCAGGGGCUGGACAUCGUGGACACGGACACUCAUAUCCUCACCCAUUCCCACCGGGUGGGAUGCCCCAUCCAGGUAUGUCUCAGAUGCAGCUGGCCCAUCAUGGCCCUCAUGGCUUAGGGCACCCCCACGCUGGGCCCCCUGGCUCUGGGGGGCAGCCACCACCCCGACCACCACCUGGAAUGCCUCAUCCUGGAUCUCCUCCAAUGGGCAUGCCCCCCCGAGGGCCUCCGUUUGGCUCUCCCAUGGGUCACCCAGGUCCUAUGCCUCUGCAUGGUAUGCGUGGACCUCCUCCACUGAUGCCUCCUCAUGGAUACACUGGCCCUCCACGACCUCCACCCUACGGCUACCAGCGGGGGCCCCUCCUUCCACCCAGACCCACUCCCCGACCUCCAGUUCCCCCUGGAGGCCCACUUCGAGGCCCUCUCCCUCAGUGAUUUCUCCUUGUUUUUCCUCCUGUGUAGCCUCCCAAUAUCUAUUCACUUCCUUGGACCAAUCAGAGUUGCUAUAGCUCGGAGGGGCUAAGGCACUAAUCCCUCUCAGGCCUUUCUUUUGUAAGUGUAAUUUUUUCACAGGAGGCUUCAUUAUUAUUUUUUUUCUAUGUUGGCCCUAAGUGUUUUACAAAUACCCAGAGAAAAUUAAACUAAACUCCUUGUUAAAAAA